CCAUGGCCCGAGUCGAUAGUCUGAACCAGCCGGCCCGAUUUCUAUUGCUUCUUCCCGGCUCUCGCAAGAGCCAAAGCAAAGGCAGGCCUGCGAAAUAGCCAUCAAAAGGAGAAUCAGUGAGUGGUAAUUAGGCAAAAAAAUCCAGCGAUGGGAGAGAGCAACGCAAGCGUCGAUGAGGAUUUGCUUCUCAAAGCGUUCUUCGCCGAAGUCAGCGAAGUUGAACGAGACAAUGAAGUCAUCAGGAUUCUUUCAUGCUUCAAGUUAAAUCCAUUUGAGUUUCUGAACCUAGCAUUUGAUUCAUCUCCAGAAGAUGUCAAAAAGCAGUAUCGUAAGUUAUCAUUAAUGGUCCACCCUGACAAAUGCAAGCAUCCACAAGCAAAAGAGGCUUUUGGAGCAUUAGCAAAAGCCCAACAACAUUUGCUUGAUCAACAAGAAAGGGAUUAUAUCCUAAGCCAAGUUACUGCUGCAAAAGAAGAACUGAGAGCAAAGAGGAAGAAGCAGUUAAAGAAAGACACAGCUUCCAAGUUAAAGUUAUUAGUUGAUGAGGGGAAAUCUGAGCAACAAUACGAACAAUCAGAGGAGUUCCAGCAGGAGUUGAAGUUGAAGGUUCGAGAAUUAUUAACAGAGCAGGAAUGGCGGCGGAGAAAAAUGGCAAUGAGGAUAUCUGAAGAGGAAGGGCGUCUAAAGAAGGAUGAAGAAGAGCAAAAGGAGAUGUGGAAAAGGAAGCGUGAACAUGAGGAGCAGUGGGAAGGAACAAGGGAGCAGCGAGUUUCAAGUUGGAGGGAUUUCAUGAAGUCAGGGAAAAAGUCUAAGAAAGGAGAACUUCGUCCCCCCAAACUCAAAACAGAGGAUCCCAACAAAUCGUAUGUUCAAAGGCCUGUAAAGCGGGGUUAACUGCUGUGGUAGCCAGCACUACUGUUCCUGCGGUAACGGACUUCAGAAUGUAGGUUGAACUGAAGCUUGUAUGAACCCAUGUCUCUGAAGAGGCUUAUUAUUAUUAUUAUUGUAAAAGAAAAGCACAUGCAGGAAAACUUUUCUCUUUUGUUAUUUUCUUAUAAAAGCUUACCAUUUUGUUGUUUUUCA